AUGAAUUCAGUAGCUCUUAAUGUUGAUGGCAGUGUAUUCCUUGAUUCCAACUUGGGAGGUUUUGGUGGUCUUAUUCGGGAUCAUACAGGUUUAUACCAUGGUUUGAAGCUGUGUUGGGAUACUGGAUUUAAGCAUGUGGUGUGUUACUCUGAUUCAACUACUGUUGUUGACCUCGUCCAAAAAGAUUUGAAUGUUCAUCACAAAUAUGAAAAUUUAAUCAUGGCUAUUAAACAGCUUCUUCGUAGAGAUUGGAUGGUUAGUUUACGACAUACAUUGCGUGAGGGUAACACUGCAGUUGAUUUUCUAGCUAAAAAGGGUGCUCUUAGUGAUAGUAGCCUUGUUAUUUUGAAUGAAGCCCCUCCUGAUAUAGCCUCUGUCUUCUUAGCAGAUGCAAUAGGUGUUGAGUUUGUUCAACCCUAG